AUGAGUAAAUACCCCCCAAAAAAGGCCAAAAGUGGGAAAUUGGGGGGGAAGGGUCACGCGUCGGGGGUCACGCUGCGGGGGGAGGGGCGUCGGCGGGGGGCGGGGCCCGGUUUGGGGGUCACGUGGGGGAACCAGAGCCGGAGCAUCCCCUCCACCUGCAGCAGCGUGGGCAGGUACCGGGAGCUGCGGGGUCCCCAUUGGGCGUAUGAAGGUCCCCAUGGGCAGCACCAUUGGCCCGAGGCGCACCCGGCCUGCGGGGGGGGGGCUCAGUCCCCCAUCGCCAUCCGGACAUCGGGGGUGCAACCGGACCCUUCGCUGCCCCCGAUCCGGCCCGAGGGCUACGAGAGCCCCGGGGCCGAGCUCCUGGCGCUGAGCAACAACGGGCACACGGCGGUGCUGGAGCUGCCGCGGUCCCUGCGGCUUCGGGGGCUCCCCCGGAGCUUCACUGCGGAGCAGCUGCACUUCCAUUGGGGGGGAGCAGGGAGGAGCGGAGGGGCCGAACACAUCCUGGAUGGGCACCGGGCGGCGGCAGAGAUGCACGUGGUGCACUACGAUGCCGAGCGCUAUGGCAACGCCAGUGAUGCGCAGCACCACAGCGGGGGCCUGGCUGUGCUGGGGGUGCUGCUGGAGGUGGGAGCUGCCCCUCACCCUGCCUACGCCAACAUCCUGAGGCACCUCAGCAGCAUCCGCUUUGCUGGGCAGAGAACCUCCAUCCCCCCCUUCAGCAUCCGGGACCUGCUGCCUUCCCGUCUGGAUCUCUACUAUCGCUACAAUGGAUCCCUCACCACCCCCCCCUGCUUCCAGAGUGUCCUUUGGACCCUGUUCCAGGAGCCCGUGCGCAUCAGCCAGGCCCAGCUGGAGCAGCUCCAGGGAACACUUUAUAGCACAGACGCAUCCGAAGCUGAGCCCCAGCUCCUGGAGGGCAACUUCCGGGUACCCCAAGAGCUCAACCAGCGCCAGGUGCUCUCCUCCUUCCCCAGGGCACCUGAGGGGUACUCAACAGGUGCAGCCAUCGCCAUCAUCAUCGGCUCCCUGGGCGGCUGCAUCGGCCUCUUCCUCAGCAUCCACUUGGUGGGCAAGAGGCUGCGUGUGAAGAGGAGCCAGGAGCAGGACAUUGCCUUCAAAGCCUCCCCCCAUGGUGCCCCCUGAACCCCCCCCCCCAUGGUGGGACAUAAAUAAAGCCCCU